AGUUAUUGAUAGGACAUCAUAAACAGAAGUUUAGGGCUUCUUUAAUUUGACAUUCCAAGUUCAUUCGAAAAACGAUCCAUUACAACAAUAAUUAGUUGUUAGACAUGGAAAUCACAGUUCCUUUUCCAUCUUAUAAAUAUUUGCGAUUCCUUGCAAUUCUAGCAGGAAUUUUAGGAUUGGCACAAUCACUAGCAUGGCUUACAAUGAGUAUUCUUGCGAUUCUUGGAUAUUAUUGCAACAUAAAUUUUAAUGUUUCCGCUAAUUUUGGAACUGUUUUGAUAUUGACAAUCUAUCAAAUGUACUUUAGAGGUGAUUGUACGCCAAGUGGUUGGCCAACAGUCGAUUUUACAAUUAUUGGCGAUUUGGAUCUAAUGACACCACAAACAGUAAAUAUAUGGAUGUGGGUAGUGGCCGCUCUUCAUUUGUUAUGGCUUUUCAGCUCUGUUACGAUGAUUACAAACAUCAAGAAAACGAAUAUUAAAUACAUUAACGUGUUCUUAUAUCUUUGGAUUUUUAUCACACUCGUGAUUUCAAUAAUUGACUUGGCGCUUUUCAUUCUUUUUAUAAACGAUUACAACACAAUCUUCAGUCACAGUUUUGACUUUUCACUUAACUUUGCACCGGCAUCACAAUUGAUUCUUAUCACUGCACAAAAUACUUCCGGAAUGAUGGCGUCAAUUGCAUUGCGUGGAUAUAUUCUCUGGCUUAUCAACAUUCUUUUAGUCAUUUAUUUGUUUACUCAAACAUUUAAAAUUUCUGAUUACAAUCGAUUGAGUGGAAUACAACAAGUACAACCACAUGGUGAGACAAACAAAGCGUUCAAAAAUGAUAACGAUGAACUUCAGAAUCAUCCAAUCUUUAAUAAUCAGCCGAUAAAUGCCUACGAAAUGCAACCCACAAUGCAACAUUUACCGUGGUAUAAUUAUUUGACAACAGACAUUCCUAGAGCACAACGUCCAAAAUCUUAUGUCCCACAACAAACAAUGACUAGAUCAAAAUCCGCUUCAAACCUUGAUGAAUCUUUUCAAAAAAGAAUGACAACUGCUAAUGGUGGUGGCGUUGUCUUACGUCGAGAUCAAGUUCAAAAUCGUAGUAGCAGAAAUUAUACUCAAACACCAUCUAAUCAAAACAGUUUUGAUUCCCAGCGCAAAUUCACAAAAAAACACGAAUGGGUGAUGGUUGAAGGACAGAUUGGAACUGUGGGAAUCUCAAAUUACGCGCAAGAAGCUCUUGGAGAUGUGGUUUAUGCGCAAUUGCCUGAUGUAGGCUCAAGUUUUCGUCAAUCUGACGAGUGCGGAGCCUUAGAAUCAGUCAAAGCAGCAAGUGAAAUAUAUUCACCGGUAAGUGGCGAUGUAACAGAGAAAAAUUCAGCUGUUGAAGACACACCAAGUCUUAUUAACACUUCAUGUUAUGAAAACGGCUGGCUCUUCAAGAUCAAAUUGGCAAAACCAAGCGAAUUAGAUGAAUUAUUAAAUGAGACACAAUACGAAGAAUUUCUGAAAGCAGAUGCGCACUAAUAAUGCAUUCAAUAAUCAAGAAUUGUUCAAUUAUAAUCAAGUUCACUUAAAAAGUUAGAUUUGUUUAAACAUUUUCUGAAUGUCGUGUUUAUCAUCUCAAAAAGUAAUAAAAAUAAAGUUUCAAAGACAAUAAAAUUA